AUGGAGAACGACUUUGUUUUUGCAAGGGACAAAACCCACCGAGAAGUUAGGAAGUUGAGGCGUACCCCCGUCUGGAACCUUUUCUCGCCAGUCGCAAACCGACGGAAUGGGAUUAAGGUUGCCGAGCGAUUUCCCAGCAAGUCCCCAAGGGGAGCAACAGUGGCAACGGCUCCACCAAUGCCAUCGCGGAGAACUGUGGAGCCGAGAGCAACCCUUCGACAUGGCGUCGGCUCGUCAAUCUCCAUACGACAUGGUCGAUUUGAAACGCUCCUGACGCUACAUCGCGUGCGGCAAGACCCAACACUGUCUUCGCGUCGCAUGCCAUCUGCGCACCACCAGAGGAAAAGAAGACAGGACGUUGAGGUUUGGGGGAUUGCGAAUAACGCUGCGUGGCAAUUGUGCAUGUGCUGCAAAGCGGAGAUGAGGUUGCGCGUGGCCUUGCGCGAUGGUGAGCGUGAGUCUUCGGCUUUUGACAGCUACUGUUAUUUGUCCAAUUAA